UGGUCAUGGCUCUGAAGGAGUUGAUUUGUUUCUUCUCUCUCGUAGUUGUCUAUGGACCGGGUGGCGUCCGCACCUUGACGCCGGUGAUCCCGGCGAGGGUCUCGGCGCAUGCGGGCUCCUGCGUGCUCAUCCCAUGUUCCUUCAGCCCGCCCCAGCGGCAGCGGCGGCCCGUGGAGGUGGAGGUGCGGUUGCAGUACCACUGGACCACCCCCAUGGGGGCGCUCUUCCCCACACUCCCCCGCCUGGCGCUCAGCAGCAGCCGCGGCGGCGGCAGCGGUGGCAGCAGCGGCAGUGGCGAGGAAGAUGACGCCUCCUCCUUGAGGGUCCACAAGGACUUUCGGGGUCGCGUGGCUUUGACGGGGGACAUGUCCAAGGGAGACUGUUCGGUGACUGUGUCGGAGGUCAGACAGAAGGAUGCCAGCAACUACGUGCUGGAGAUGAGGAGGCGCGGAGACAAGAACUGGAGCAAGAUGGCUUUUCAGUUGGACGUCUCCAGUUUCCCGGAGCUGCCCAGGCUGACUGGCCCUGAGUCGGUGACAGAUGGUCAGCAGGUGGUGCUGAACUGCUCCGUGAGCUUCCCCUGCCCCUCCCAGCCCCCCACGCUCCGCUGGAGGUGGGUUCGGGGGCGACCGGACAACAGCAGUGUGUUCGGGGAGCCCCGCGUGCUCCCGGGCCCAGACAAGAGGCCUCUCCUCUGGGCUUCCCUCUCCUUCACCGCCUCCUAUCACCUCGUGCCCCGGAUCAGCUGUGAGGUCGACUACCAGCAACAUGCCACACCUGUGGUCAUGACAAAGGACAUUCAUGUGAAAUUCCCUCCUAAGGAUGUGCACAUCCGGCUUCACACCUUAGCUGUGCGGGAGGGGGGCAGUGCUCUGCUGGAAUGUUCCUGUAAAGCUGACCCCCCCGUGGAGGAAUACGACUGGUCAUACACGCAACACGGCCGGACGCGCUUCUCACCGCUGCACGCGUUCACCAUCCGCAUCGAAAAUGUGACCCGGCACACACGCGUCAUCUGCACAGCCAAGAGCCGCCUCGGAUGGACAGUAUCACCCUCCACAGCCAUCAACGUAGAAUACAAACCCCACAUCUUGAGCAAAUCCUCAUGCACGUGGGAUGGCACUGCAGUCCACUGCAGGUGUAUUGCGGACUCAAACCCACGUGCCGCCAUCACUUGGAGUGUGAAUGGCAGCUCUCCGCCACACGGCUACAACACCUCCGUUUUCGUUCACAGCAACGGCACUGUGACUGCCAAGUUGGCUGGUGUGCCGGACAUUCCUCCGACAGUGGUGUGCUAUGCCAACAAUGCCCAUGGGAAUGACUCUCGUCCUCUGUUGCAGGAAAUGCAUGUCUCUCUGCUGUGGAUGCUGUUGGCAGCUCUUGGUGUGGCCGUCUCUGUCCUCCUCAUCAUUGCCACUGUGUUUCUUUGCUGCUGUCACAGGCAGGCAGGCAGAAGGAGCACCAUGAUAAACCAUCGCACCCAGACUGUGUACCCGGGGGAUGUGGGUAUCUACCAGGAACAUGCACCCCUGUAUAUCAACUGCACUGAAGUCACACAUAUCUACACGAAUGGCAGCUACCAGCUCGUCUACCAGAACUGCACACCAUGCUUUGUACGCACAAAACAGACACACAAGAGAAGGCGACGAGCAGCAUGGCGAGAUCGAGCCCAAAGAGAGGCCGAGAGGUUGAGCGCAGCGGGGAGAGCUCAUCCUGGGGCCUCCAAUGCUGAGGCAGACACAGCCAUUUACCUGGAGGUCCUCUGAGUGGUGGUGUAGGCUUAUAUGCAUGGAGAGAUAUAGGCAUGCACACAGAAGAAAUAUACAUUGUAUAAAGAGACUGAAAAACAUGUAAAGGACAUAGGCCUACAGUAAAUGUCAGAAUUAUCCACUUCACCAUGGGUGUUAUAUAUGUGUGUGUGUGUGUGUGUGUGUGUGUGUGUGUGUGUGUGUGUGUGUGUGUGUGUGUGUGAACAGUGUGAUGUAUUGUCAUGAAGCCUUCAGUCAGUGACAGAAAUAAA